GGUCAAUUACACGCUGGAUCGCGCGGCGCAGAAAAAACGCCACACGAUUCAAGAAUGAAGCUAAAACUCAAAUCAUUGUCUGCUGCCGCGAAAAGAUGUUGUAAACCUGCUGCGUCUGUCCAUCGAGGGAUAGAGUAAGAGGCAAGAACGCCAAGCACCACUAUAGAAGCGAAGCGAAGCCCCGAGGCCCAAAGUCAAAUGGCCCACUGACCAUCUCCAUUGUCUUAUUUUGGUUUGGAUUUCCAGCCGUUGUGCCUGUUUCACGACCUGUGGCACAAACUCGGAAAAGUAUAGUUGGUCCGUGCUCCUAUGUUUCUAUUGCUCCCCAAAACUGCAGCAACGGCACCCCACCGUCGGGGAUUCGGGUCGCCAUCCUCCGCUCCUGGUGGGCGAAUGUCCCGGACGGACCGUGUGGCGCUGAACAAUCGGGCAGAGUUUGGUAUGUUGCACCAGCCCCGCACCGCUGAGGAGAAGAAACAGCAUCUUGAAGCUCUCGGCUCCGUGCCAUUCGACAUGCAGGACGCCUAUCAGGAAUGGCGCAGCGAGCAGCUCCCGACGAAGCAGAAGGGAAAGACAAAAAACCCUUUUCUGCGCAUUCGCGACCGGUACACCUCCGAAAACCACGCGCUGCAGUUGAUGCUGCGUGCUUGUGUGGAGAUUAAUCUGGCCAGGAAUAAGAACUCGGCACCAGCACCGGGUGGAGGUACGGGCACCAGCUCCAGCGCGAGCGCGUCUAUUCUGUCGUCUAGUAGUGAAGCAAAGGAUAAUAUUGUUGUUUCUGUUGAAGGAGACGAAGCCAUGACUCGUAGCCCACUGAAAUCGAGGCGCAGAUCCCCGUGUGCAUCUAGCUCCACGUCAUCUUUAUUUUCCGCAUCCGCUUCAUCUGUGACUAUAGAUGACUCAGGGAACAAGAACUGUAGCGUCACCCGAGGAGUCUCAGGAAACACAGAUUUACCCGGUGGCUCAACAGCUUUAUUGUCGGCGUCUCCCGGCAGAAGUCGCGACGAAACCGAUCGAGAAAACUUGACGCCUUCGUGUCUCGGCGAUCUCUUGCGAGACGUGGAAGAAUAUGCACCGCAAAUAGGUCUGAUUGCUGGUGUGCAAAAUAAAAAUUGAUUGGGGUCGCACGAAUAUUUGUAAAAGUACGUGCUCGGCUCUCGUACCCUCGGUCUCGAAGUUCGCCACGCAUGUAGUGGUGGAACAACGCGGACGCUUGAUCAUGUCUCGCGGAGAAAAUAAGCGCGACCUUUCUUGUAUUUUGUAAUUGCAACACGCAUGUUUAUACUGCAUAUACAAGCGCUUUUUGCCAAGCGGCUUGAAGCCCGUCUUUUUUGUCUGCCUGCUGGAGUAUUUUUUCAUUUUCUGUUUAUUGAAAAGAAAGCCCGUUCAGAGCCAGACAUAUUUGCAGUCGUGGAUAUCAAAGCAGGAUCAGAAACGCACGACGCAGCGGCACGUUUUCGCGACCGCAAGCUGUGGCACGACCUCAUCGUUGCAGCCCGGCAACAGGCCACCUCCAGUCUCGAGUGCGCAAUGGCGCUAAAAGCAUUGAUAAAGUCGGGAUGUUUUUCCCCUCCAGACUCAGCAGCGGAGACCCUGCUCUCAGAGCGUGAGGCUUUCGCAGUCGAAGACCUUUUGUGGAAAGCCGUCUACGAGCUUGCCGGCGGGUCGGCCGGGACCAGCUGCUUCGCGCAGAAGCGCGUGCUGUUUCGACGCAUUCGCAGGGAGAACGGGACCGACCGGCUUCGGUCGCCACACUCGCUCGUAUAUUGCUUCCACGCGUUCGCGUACUUCCAGAGACACUUACUCGCCGUCCCCAUCCUCGGCCCGGCAAGCGACGGAAACGCUUGUGAAGAUUCGGGUAGAGGAACCGCGGAUGGCGCUGUGCGUCCGCCAAGACUCCCUCUGCCAUCGAAUGCUGAGGCAGACCAGAAAGAAACAACAGCAGCGCCGCGCACUUCGCGGCAAAAUGUUCGCGGAACAAUAAAAACCCGUGGGCCAUCAAGUGCAAGUGGAGUGCCGAUCUUGUUGAAGCUCUGUCAGGUCGCCCGCAAGGAGGUCACGCGGCACUCCUUUGUGGCGGAACAUCUGAAACUGUCGCUAGAGCUCGCACACCACUUGUCGAGCAUACUAACCUUCGCUGGUGACCAGAAGUUUUUGUCCUCCGCGCCGUUCGAUUCUGGCCCGGAACAACAAGCGACGUGUUCAAUUCCUCUUCCGCAGCUUCGGGACCUACUUCGUAACGUAUUCGACCACAUCCAGCAGCACGUGGCUGAAUGUCGCAGAAACAACUUCGAAGGCCUCUGUGGCUUGAAAGCUAGCGAGAUCUUCUUUGUCGUCAACGCAUACGGGAGAACGCAUAAGCUGUUCCUCCCGGCGGAUGGUGCCCAACUACAGCAACAGGCCUCACUCCGCACGGCUAGCAGACCCGAUUUUGGACGAGGACGCAGGAGAAACUUCCCUCACCAGCAGAGAGCCAGUCCACAUCUUGCGCAGAACAAAAGUACGCCCGCAGUUCUUUUCGAACGAGAGCGGGACUCCAGGGCUUACCUCGAUAUCAGCUUUAAAGGUUUCGGCGUCUGGUGGGGGUUGUCGUGCUAGUUUGUCACGUCUGUGUAUCAUGUUGGUAGCGUAGCGUAGGAGGAUCAUGAAGAGCCACGCAUCUUCGGGAGUUUUCCAGCAGUGGCUCUGUGUUGAACAAACAAAAAACAAUUUUCUACGUACAGUGCAUGAGAAACCGAAGUCGCUUCUUCAUUUCGUGUGGCUCUGACCCGAGAUAAUUUGCUGCGCAGUUAUAUCAACUUAAAGCCGCAGUGAGCGUCAGGGUCAGAUAUGCAUGACCAUACAACCUGAGUCUCUGUUGCCGCGGCGUUACUGUUCUCUGGCAGCAUACAACAGAACAAGACUCCAACACAGACCCUCUUGCAGAUAAGCAUGAUAAAGUAAGAGUCAUUUCAGAAGUGUCAGCCGCGCAUUUCUGACCUAGACCUAGAUAGAUUGAUAAAAUCGCUGUAACAAAAUUCCCCACGACCCGCAGCACGUACAAUUUUGCAAUGAAUAGCUGAGGGACUUCUGCAGUUUGCUCCGCUCGUGCACAAGGAGCUUGCGCAAUUCACUCCCAACCAAUUAGCGGGCAUCUUGAACGCGUUCGGGCACACUUCCACUUUUUUGAAGGUCAGCGAGAUUCUUGACGGCGAUCGAGAUCAUCGCGCACCCCCGGCGCAUCGUCCUGCAACUCAGGUCGCCACCUGUCCGAGUUGGAAUCAGCAGCGGACGGAGCGGAGAUUCGCGCGCGCGCUGGUGUCCCUCUUUGCAGAAGUAGGUUCGCACCUGUGCGGCCUUCUGGCGGAGGACCCGCGAACGGAGGACCACUCGACGUCGUCCCGGAGAGCCGCGACACCUCCUUCUAGUGCGAGGAGCCACGAUCUCCUGCCCAACAAGCUGUCGCUGCGCAAUGUCUCCGUGGUCUGCAAUGCCUUUGCGCAAGUGGGUAUCCAGCACGAGCGGUGGUUUGAGCUCAUCAGUCAGGAAGGCGCGGCCAUCAUCGCCGAGGACAGCACGCGCUGGAGCGCGGGAGGACGACGAGGUGGUCAGUCCGAAGAACACCGCAAGGACCUGGAAGAGUGGCAGCGGCAACUGACGAUGAUUGUGCACGCAUACGGAAAGUUGAAGCUUUCCCGGCAGCCCAAGCACCUGCCGUUCCUUCUCUUUUUGUGGGACCGUAUCAAAUUGUCGCUGAAGCAGGUCGCAUCGGCUCAGUCGAUCGCACUCCUGCUGCAUUCUUUCACCAAAAUGAGGCUUGAAGAGGACCAAGACAGCAGCACGUGCAGUGGUAUGCUGCCUUGCUUUGCGGACAGAAUGCUCGCACUUGUCAGUACUAGCGCGGCGCUGCGACGAAGUUCAUCUUGCUCACGCACGAAAACAAGGAACACAAUUAGCACACUUACGAUCACAAGCUUCGCAUACGCACUGCACAAGAACGGCCUGGCGUCGUCCCAUGAAAUCUGGGAUGCACUGGCCGCGUACGUGGCCCUGCUCCCGGAUGACGCUCAUUUUUUUUUCGAGGAGGAACAGGAAAAGCACGAACUUCGUUUCCGUGGGCAGUCUGCCCCAGAACCCUUCGAAAGCGUGGCUGUGCUGUCCAGAAAUGCAAAAAGUGACAUGGGAGGAGACAUAAACAAAACGAGGCGCAUCCAAAGGGAAAUAGAUGGGGCAGUUGUUCUUGCACAGCGCCACGGCUUGGUCCAGGAGAGAAACACAGGAACAGCAGAGCUACGUAGAAGUACCUCAACCUCUCACGAGAAGCCCCACGAAGAUGUAGAUCUGUUCCGUCUAUGCUCUGCAAAAGCUAUCGCACUCGUAACAAAAUUGCAGUCAUGAAGAUGCGCGAGCGCCGCGACAAAUGUCUUCUUCAAAUCCGAGCUCAAGUAACUCAUGUAUCACGUUCGCAACGCCUAGCCCUAGUGGUAGUACUUUUGAUGAUCUUCCCAAAAUGAAAAUUUGUGCUUGUCAUGUGAACUCUACUAGUGCGGCAAUGCGAUGCAAUACUUUUGCAAUGCAUGCCAUCACUUGACCCCCGGGGAAUUGGCGAACCUCUGCGCCGCACUGGGAGGCAAACGUGGAGCGUCGGUGACAAGGUUUUUCCAUCGUGUGGUGGAGACGGUGGAGGGCAGGAAAGAUGGUCUCGAUUGUGUCAUUCAUCGAAUGAAUUUUCUCGAACUCUGCAAACUGCUUGAUGCGCUAGCAACGCACGCGGAAGAAACCAGAGCCCGGCAGCAGGAGGAGGACCAGCACGCACAAGCGGAUCCUAAGAGGUGCCGCUCCACCUCCUCCCAUCAAUCCUUCUGUCUUUCCGUCUGUGCCUCCCAGAACCUAGUAGCAAUCCUCCAGGCCGCCGUGGUAAAUCUGGCUGCACCAGCGACGCCGUUCCCGGCCAUUCCCUACCGAAACUUGCUCAAAAGUUUGGAGCAGUUGCACCUCACCACUCUGUCAGAAGACUUUAUGCAAGCUGUCGCGGAAAGAAUAAGCGCAGCCAAGAAGCACGAGAAAAUGAAAACCACUGCUGUGCCAGCGCCCUGAGCAGCUCGCCUGUGCGCUCUUCUUUUGAGAUAAGUUAGUUCAAGUAGUAUUCCUCCAGAUUACGUUUGCCACCUCGGUUGAGCUACAAGCUGCACAAGUGAAACCUGCGCAAUUGAUGAGUACUGAAAAAAGAAACCAUAUCCAUGAUUCAUGCAGGAUUUGCGAGUAUUCAAAAUCAAAUAUUACUUUAUUGUGGAAGAUAAAAGGCUGAGCCUUAAAGGCUCGAGACCACUACAGUCCGUUCGUAGUGAACCUGCCAAUCGUAGGCAAUUGAUUCGGUCUUCUUGAGAGAAGAAGAAAUGGCUCGUAAUUUUUCUAGGAGAUGUGUCUUUUCGGGAAAACCCGUGCAAAGGUU